AUGGUUCCUAUAGCAGACAACAUGAACAUGACCCCAGAGCUUCCGACACAGAACUGCUCCAACUGCAGCCAAGCAUUUGUCCCAGAGCUCAAUGUGAUCAAGGCUGUGGCGCUGGGACUGAUACUUGGGACCUUCAUCAUAUUUGGGGUUUUUGGGAACAUCCUGGUUAUCUUGUCUGUGGUCUGUCAUCGACACCUACGAACAGUCACACACUACUUCAUUGUCAACCUAGCGGUGGCAGACCUCCUGCUGAGCUCCAUCGUGCUGCCCUUCUCUGCCACCUUUGAGAUCCUAGGGUACUGGGUGUUCGGACGGCCAUUCUGCAACGUGUGGGCAGCGAUGGACGUGCUGUGCUGCACAGCUUCCAUCAUGAGCCUGUGUGUGAUCUCAGUGGACCGCUACAUCGGGGUCAGCUACCCGCUGCGCUACCCAGCCAUCGUGACAGAGCGCAGGGCACUGCUGGCCCUGGUUGGCCUGUGGGCUCUGUCUGUCACCAUCUCCAUCGGCCCUCUGUUUGGCUGGAAGGAGCCGGUGCCUGAGGAUGAUUCUAUCUGUAAGAUCACAGAGGAGCCUGCCUAUGCCAUCUUCUCUGCUGUGGGCUCCUUCUACCUACCACUGGCCAUCAUACUGUCUAUGUACUGCAGGGUGUAUGUGGUGGCCCGCCAGGAGAGCCGGGGCCUGAGGGUGGGGCACAAAACAGACAAGUCAGAUUCAGAGAGCAUCACGCUGAGGAUCCAUCGCGGCAACACAGCCGUGUCUGAGGACGAGGCCCUGCGCAGCCACACACACUUCGCCCUGCGCCUCCUCAAGUUCUCCCGAGAAAAGAAGGCCGCCAAGACCCUGGGCAUUGUGGUUGGCUGCUUUGUGCUCUGCUGGCUGCCUUUCUUCCUGGUGCUGCCCAUAGGUUCCAUAUUCCCAGCAUACAGACCUUCGGACACAGUUUUCAAGAUCACCUUCUGGCUGGGCUACUUCAACAGCUGCAUCAACCCUAUCAUCUACCCCUGUUCCAACCAGGAGUUUAAGAAGGCCUUCCAGAGUAUUCUGGGAGUGCGCUGUCUGAGAGCCCAGCCCAGAGCCACUCAUCACCUGGGUCCAGGCCUCAGCCAAGCCCAUGUCCAGGGUAAUUCUCUCACUCUGAGACUAGAUGGCAGAGGCGACCCCUCCCAUCUUAGCCCCUCCUCCUCCAUAGCCCUGUCCCGCACACCCUCCUCUAGGGAUGGCAGAGAGUGGAAGAUAGAGACAGGACAGGCUAAGGUGGCCCAACUGUGCAGUAAGAGUCUGCUGAAGACCUGCUGCUGCAUCAGAGACGGGAGCCACAGCCAGCAGCCCAGCCAUCCCGAGCCCCCUCCACAUGGGACCCUGCCCAUCAUUAAGAUCCACCAGCUGUCUUUGUGUGAAAAUGGAGAGGCUGUAUAACCAGAGAUAAUGAUGGAGUAAAUUAUUUUGAAUGUCUCUGGUAUGAAUACUGUAGCUCAUCUUCUCUUAAACAAAAGGAUGAUGCACCCUCAAGGUCCAGUGCUAUUAAUGGAACUAAAGUGAAAAGUGAAUACAUUUCUAAGCCCAGUGGAGUUUACAACGAUGGAACAUUAAUAAUAGCUGGUGGAGAUGGUCGAUGAAAUUCUGAAAUAUUUUGAAUAUUCUGACUGCAGAUACACAAUGCCAGUGGAUUUAAAUGAAUGAUGUUUUUACACACUAAACCAAGGUCUUACCUUGAGAUGUUGACACUCUUUAAAGGUUCAAUGCAGCCAUUUGUAUCUACAUAUCAACUCAUUUCUGGGGUAACAGUUAAGUACCUUACUGUGA